GCUCAGGCUUUUAGGGGGGCUGGAAUGGCUAAGAGCCAAUGAGGGGAGAAAAACAUGCAGAGAGAGGGGGAGAGGGGAGUAUGUUGUGUGGCUUGUGUCGUCUCUCUCUGCCACAGUUUAAUGCACAUUUAAAGAACGUGUAGCAAAUGUGCACCACAGAAGGGUUAACAGGAAGCCAAACAAGGACAGGUGAUUGGUGAUUGUGGGGAAAAUCAACAGAUUGAGACGUGUGAAAGUAUUGGCUGCAGCAACAGUCCAAGAAGAGUUUGUGCUUUCCAAGCGGAACCUACAGUCAGACAGAAAUGGAAGUGAAGAAAGAGGACGAUGGAGGCAAGGCGGAGAAGCCGGAGGAAAAGGUGGUGCAUCUGCGGAGGGAGAUCGGCCUGCUGCCGGCGACGUCCUUCAUCAUCGGUACAGUCGUGGGCAGUGGGAUCUUCAUCGCACCCAAGGGAGUCCUGUUGAACAGUGGCAGCGUGGGGCUGUCCCUGCUGGUGUGGGCACUCUGCGGGGUCCUCUCCUUGUUUGGGGCCUUGUGCUACGCGGAGCUGGGCACCAGUUUUACAAAGUCAGGGGGCCACUACACUUACCUACUGGAGACACUGGGGCCACUUCCCGCCUUUUUACGACUCUGGGUUGAGUUCUUAUUUAUCAGACCAGCCGUGGCCUCCUAUGUGUCCCUAGCUUUUGGUCGCUACGUGGUGGAGCCGUUCUUUGAACCUUGUGCCGCUCCAACAGCGCUGAUCAAGCUUGUCAGCAUCCUCGGACUGACAUUUGUUGUGGCUAUCAACUGCUGGAGUGUGACCAUGGCUUCUCGCACUCAGGUCGCCUUGACGUUCAUCAAGAUGUUUGCUCUGGUACUAAUCAUCAUCCCUGGUGUGAUCGCACUAGCCAAAGGAAAAACCGAGAACUUCCAGAAUGGUUUCGAGGUUGAAUCGUUAACGCUGGACAAAUUACCUCUGGCCUUCUACAACGGCCUGUAUGCCUACGGUGGCUGGUUUUAUCUGAACUUUAUCACAGAAGAGGUCAUAAACCCCAACAGAACCAUCCCUCUGGCAAUAAUCUGCUCCAUGGUGACAGUGACAGUCUUCUACGUGCUUGUUAAUGUGGCCUACUACACCGUGAUGACUCCCGCUGAGCUGCUGAUAUCUGAUGCCGUGGCUGUGACGUUUGCAAACCGUGCUCUCCAGGGCUUGUCGUCUGUCAUCCCCAUUUUAGUGGCCCUGUCCUGCCUUGGAGCUCUGAACGGCGGCUUCUUUGGGGCUCCCAGGAUGCUGUUUGUGGGAGCCAGAGAGGGGCACUGGCCUCCAAUCUUCUCCAUGAUUCACAUCCGCAGACACACACCUUUACCUGCGGUGAUGUUACUGUACCCCCUGGUGGUCCUGAUGUUACUCUCAGGGGAGAUCUACCAGCUCAUCAACUUUGCCUCCUUUUCCCGCUGGUUCUUCAUCGCCCUGGCAACCUUAGGGCUGCUCAUCCACCGAUACCGCUUCCCCCUUCACCCGAGACCUUUCAAAGUGCCGCUGGUCAUCGCCGUCACCUUCACGGUGGUCUGCUUCUUCAUCGUGGGUCUGUCUCUGUACUCGGACCCCUGGAACACGGGUAAUAGCUGUGCUCUAACGCUGACAGGGGUCCCCGUUUACUACGUCACCAUCCACAGAUAUCGCUUGCCCAAAAGAUGGAGACGCAUCUUCGAUUACUGCAGCAAGCAGCUACAGAUCCUCCUGGAAGUGGCACAGCAGGAGGUCCAGACUUACUGAAGAAGCUAAACACCGCUUUCUACUGACACACUGCUUGAACACCAUCUUUACUGUCAGAGUGUACCAAGUGUUUGAUACUAGAAGAACUCUUAAUAUGUGAAAACCACUGCUGAGAAAAGACGGCGUAUCUGACUUUUCUCGUAGAAUAUACUUGAAUUAUAAUCUUUCUUGCUUUCUCUUUUUUUUU